UAUCGGUAUAAUUUGAAAAGUAGUCGAACAGGAAGUAGGCACACUUUGGUGUGGCACAUCGACAGUACAGCACGGGCUAGAUUACGCACGGACGUGACCAGGAAAACUUACCGUCCUUCACUGAGUCAACAACUAUUCAUCUUUCGUAAGAUGUCAAACAUGGAGACGAUGACCGACAUUAUCACGACAGAGGGUAUCUGGAUGAUAGAGGAAACUUCAGAGGCAUCAAUGGCACCACGUCUGACAAUAACUUCAGGGACGAUUACGCCCAGCCCAGGGGAGACAUUACCUGCAACCGGCGGGCCCUCGGCUGGAGUAGUGGCCGGCGCUGUCGUCGGUAUCCUCGCUCUCAUCCUUUUGGCCGCGGGCGUUGCCUUCAUCAUUCUCAAGAAACGUGGAAUCAUCUUCAACAGAGAUGAUCCAGCGAUCCCCCAAGAACGUACAGACCCAGAAGGAAGUGGAGACACCUUCGCGAAUCUUCUGGGGGAGAGGCCGUUCGGCAACAUUAGUCAAAGAGAUCCGCUGCCGGUACCUAGAUCUACAAUGAACAACUACACCAACACCCCGGACAGACCCGGUCGGAGGCAGAGACCGGCCCAAAACAGGAGUCAAGAUGACCCGCUGCCGAUACCUGAUGAGAACACCUACCUCAACCUGCAGGAUGACACGAGGGACAGACCGACCAACAUCAGGAGUCAAGAAGACCCGCUCCCGAUACCGGACAACACCACCUACAUCAAUCUGUCGGAGGAGACCAGGGAAACACCGGAUCACAUCAGAAGCAAAGUGCCCACGUCUGGCAAUGACACUUACGCAAAUCUUCUAGAGGCAACCAGGGAGAGAUCACUACCCAUACCUGACAACAGCACUUACACCAGUCUGAUGAAACAAAGGAGCCAACCAGACGGCGCUGAAAACGCGUACCGAAACGUCCACAAAUGGCCAGGGCAUGCACAACCCUACGUCAACGUAGACUUUGAUGGUAGCGCGCAAGUACCACCCUCUCCUCAUGCCUCACAGAGUGAACACGCGGGAGGCGCGUAUGAAAUGGCGAACCUGGAAGCCUCGACGUACGAGAACUGUUCUCCGUCCUAUGGUAACGUGGGCGCAGAUGGGAACGUAGCAGAAACUUCCUUCGUGAAUAAUGGGAACCCUGAUAAUCUGUACGAAGACGUGAACCCAGGAAACUCAAUCUACAGCGACUGCGAACCGACUUAUGCCAACCAGUGAGCAGGACCCCUGUCCACACCCCAGAUCUAACAAACUGUGCGAACCCUUCAGGUCAACUGAGGUUAAUUCAACAUACCUGGUAUAAUAAUCGUAGUACAACUUGACAUGAUAUUAAGAUAUAAAAUGAUUUCAAGCUGUAAUGCACAUUAUUAGCAUUUUACGAGUUAUAACAAAUGACAGGGAUAUAUGUAUAUCAUGCCAUACCAUUAUGCAAUGAGUUGGUCAUUUCAUAUGUAUAAUAAGGAUAUGAGAGUUUACGGAUAGUAGAAUAACUGACAUUACUCUCAUGAGCAUCACAUAGCCUAUAAACUUCAGACCAAAGCGUACUAAUCUGACAUGUUUUUUUGUUGUGGGGUAACGUUAUAUACUGUUAUGUUAUGUUA